GGUAUCCAAGGCCGCUCGUCUUCCUCCGCCAGCGCACUCGCCGCCUCCCCCGUCCCUCCCUCGACGACGCCGCCGCCGCCGGCCACGAUGGGCGACCUCCUCUCGCUCUCCGUCGUCAUGAUCUCCGUCCUCUCCUUCCUCACCUCCCUCCUCGCCGUCCUCAUCCGCGUCCAGGCCCACCACUUCUCCCUGCCCUCCACGUCGUACGCACAUGCCGACGACUCGAUGGCCUCCUCUUCAUCAUCAAUGACGCAAAUGGACAAACUCUGGCAUUGGAGCGCGUCGCUGGGUCUGCCGUUCAACCUGAACGGCGCCAGCCCGCCAGGGAUGGGUGCCGACGCGGGGAUGGGUAUGGGCAUGGGGGGCUACGCUGGCGCCGCGCACCUCGCCCGCAUGAACCUGAACAUGAACUGGCAAAUAACGCGGAAAUUUGGGCCGGAGAAGCCUCCACCACCGCCGCCCUGCCACCCUCAGCCGCCAUUGUCCAUGGCGAAGUUAAUAAUGUCUAGACACCAACGACGGCCGAACCGCCCGCCACGUCGAUACCCAGGCAUGGCCGCGCCCAGCCAAGCGCGACACUCCCGCCUCGUCGAGUCCGUUUAAUUUACUAGAUCCCCGCCACGCAACGCAAUCCUCCAUGGUCGCGUGCCCCCCUAAAGCUAUUUUCGAUAUCACAGAACCUAUCGAUGACUCGCCAUGUUCAACGCUAAACGUCACAGCUGACACGACGAAGAUCACCGAACACCGGUGACGGACCUACCUCUCACAUGCUUACGGAUACCUUUUCGUUCUAUUCCGGACAUUUCGCUAUUCACUGUACACUUUGCUAUUUUGCUAUUUGCUAUAUUUAUCAUUCUAUUCGGACUCUGCUUCUCGCUAUUUCUACGUUUCCCUUGUUUCAUGAUCACAUUCGAUUACUACUACUAAUGCGACGGUGUUAUAUAGCGGGGUGGCGGAGUGGGCGGGCUGCGCGGACGAAAUAGGAAUGUACUACGUGUUCUAACGCUUCGCUCCUUCCGAGGGAAGAUAGAAUUUCGAAACGAACCGAAACUACUCGAAC